AUGGCUGUAAUGCUACAAACCUUACAAUUACUUGUUCAGGGAGUAAAAAAUGGUAAUGAUGAUGACGACGGUAAUGAAGUGCACAAUGUUACAUGUGAUGUAUGUGAAAAUACUCCAAUACGUGGCGAUUAUUACAAAUGUUUGCAAUGUGAUAAUUUUGAUCUAUGUGCUGGAUGUUUUGAGCGUCGUAUGGAAUCUAAGCAACAUAAAAGUGGACAUUUACUUGUCCACUUUCGUAUACCAAACGAACUCUUCGGUCGAACUGUAACUUAUGACGAAAUUACCUUUGCGAAACUCAAACAAUUCUAUGCCAAAGAAGUAAACGAGUCGAUCACCUGUGAUGGAUGUAUGAAAUCGAACUUUGUUGGAUUACGUUUCAAAUGUGAUACGUGUCCAAAUUAUGACUUGUGUGAAAAAUGUUCCAUUACAUACGUCACGACAAAAGAUCAUAAGUUAAUGCAUCCACUGAUUUUGACUUCUCAUCGGGUAAUCGUACAGAUACCUGUGGAUGACAUUGAACUAGGUGAAGAAUUAGGAAGUGGUGCUUUCGGUAAUUGUUACUCAUUUUUUCAUCAUUUUGAUAUUUGA